AUGCUAUGCAACAUAUAUUUCCUUUUUAUUUGGCAACUUUGUAUAUUAAUAAAAAUUACUAUUUCACAAGAAAUUAAAAAUAGUGAAAAAAGUCCCAAUUUAAAAGAACAAAUCAAAGGUAACAAUAAUGAAUUACCUAUCUUAGUGGAUGAAAUUCAAGAUGAGAAUGAAAUUAAGAAACUUUUACUGUACUUAAAAGAUAUAUCAGAUACUUCACAGGAUGUAAGUCCUGAUUUUUAUAAUAAAGGAUCUAAUUUACAGGAUACUAGUUCCGAUUUGCAAAAUUUAAGUGAAGAUUUACAAGAUAUUAUGAAUUCAGAGGAUAUGAUUCCUGAUUUUUUUAAUGAAGAAUCUAAUUUACAGGAUACUAGUUCCGAUUUGCAAAAUUUAAGUGAAGAUUUACAAGAUAUUAUGAAUUCAGAGGAUAUUCUUAAUAUUUUUAAUGAAGAAUCUAAUUUACAAGAUACUAAUUCCAAUUUGCAAAAUUUAAGUGAAGAUUUACAAGAUAUUUUCAAUUCAGAGGAUAUGAUUCCUGAUUUUUUUAAUGAAAAAUCUAAUUUACAAGACACUAAUUCCGAUUUGCAAAAUUUAAGUGAAGAUUUGCAAGAUAUUUUGAAUUCACAGGAUAUGAGUUCUAAUUUUCAUAAUGAGGAAACUAAUUUACAGGAUACUAGUUCCGAUUUGCAACAUUUAAUUGAAGAUUUACAAGAUAUUAUUCUAAAUUCACAGAAUGUAAUUCAUGAUUUUAAAAAAGAAGAAUCUAAUUUACAGGGUACUAGUUAUGAAUUGGAAAAAAACAUAUUUUGUUCCCAAGAUAUAAAUUACUUACAUAAUUCAUUGCUUGAGUCCGGAGACACUUCAUGUGAUUUACACCAAGUAGAACCUACUUUAUUUCAAAACAUUAAUUUUGAAGGUUUAUACCCUUCUUUACAAGAUUAUAUAUCUUCACAAAAUAAUACCUCUUCUUUGGAUCAUAAUACCUCUGAUUCACAAGAUAUGUUAUCUAUUUCACAACACAAUACCAUUAAUUCACAAAAUGAUAUAUCUUGCAUACAGAAUCAUAUCUCUAAUUUAGAAAGAACAACCUAUGAUUCAGAGAAUAUAAAUUCUGAAUCAAACAAGAUACACCAUAAUUUACCUUGCCAUACCACUGAUUCACAAAACCGUCUUGCUAAUUUAGGAGAAACAUUUGAUUUAAAUAAUAUUGCUCCAUAUUUACAAGACAGUGAUCAUCACUUAAGGGAUAGCUCUCACAUGAUAAAGAAUUCAUCUAAUGCUUCUACCUCCAAAUGCUCAUAUGAUAAAUAUACUACACAAGAAAAAAGAAUAUUAUUAAAAAGGAAACAAGAAGAAGAGAGUGAAAAUAAUAAAAAAAAAAAAAAAAAAAAUCAUGAUGAUGAAUAUGGGAUUAAUUUAAAGGAUGAAAGUUUUACGAGCAAUUUAGAAAACAAUAUUGUUAGAAGCACAGAUAUUAAAUUAUUUGCUUUAAAUAUUUCAAAAAAUAUUUUUAAAAUGGAAUCUAGUGAACUUUCACAAAGUAUAAUUCCCCAUUUAAGGAAAAUAUUUGAAGUACUAAAAGAAAAGUAUAAUAUUAUCCGUGGAAGUUAUAAUUCAAAUAUUAAUAUACUAAAAAAUAUUAUAGAAAGGGAACUAAAAAAUGCUGAUGAAGAAGAUUUGAAUAAAAUUAAACUUCAUUACGUUUAUAUUAACGAACAUAAUUAUCAUAUACAAAAGAAAUUAAGUGUUUGUUCGUUGCCAUUUAAAAACAAGUUAAAAAAGCCCUUUACUAAUUUACAUGAAAUAUUUAAUUCUUUAGAUACUAUCAUAAAAAUUUUUGAGGAUUUACAAAAAAAGAUUACAUUAUAUAUUAAUACCGUCAAAAUGAUAUCAAAAGUUAUAAAUGAAUUCACUUUUAAUCGUAUACUUUUUGGUACAUUUUUACUGCCAUCAAAUGAUGAAAUACCUGCAUUUCUUAAAAUGUUUAAAUCUAUAAAAAAUACGUUAGAAUGUAUUGAAAAGUCUCUAACUACUUUGUCAUUAAAUAUGUAUACAACUUAUAAUCCUCAAAGUUAUAUAAAUUCAGCUUUGAAUGACUUGGGUUUGACUAGAGCAGAAAUGCGUGCUUCUACACAAAAUUUAAAAGAAAUGAAUAUAUCUAGUUUAGAUCACAUAAAGAUGUUACAAAUUAUUUUUCAUUUUCUUCAAGAAACAAAUGAAAAUAAUAGAAAUAAAUUAAAAAUAGAUGAGAAUAAUCUUUUCAUGAAAGAAGUUAUAGAAAUUGUUUUAGAGCUUUUAUUAAAGGAAGAAAAGUAUAUUUCAGAAUCUUGUGAAAGAACCUGUGCGUUUUUUAAUAUUAAUUCCGAAGAAAUGAAUGUAAGUAAAACGAGUUUCGGUUCUUUAUUAAGAAGUAAAGCUAAAAAAGAUAUUGCACAUAAUUUGCAUAUAUCCCUUAUGAAAUUAGUAAGAUACUCAUCUUAUCGUACUCAGCAUAAUAAAGUUGAAAGUGUCUAUAAAACAAUAAGAAAAAUGUUAUCAAAAAAAAAUAUAGAAUGCUUAUCUAAAAAAACACAUUCAUCACAAAAAUUACGGAAUGAAUUUCUCGUACAAUUAAAAAUUUUAAAAGAUGAAAUAAAUGAUGUAGAAUUAAAUGUAGUAUAUAAAAGUUUAUAUAAUGCUUUAAAAAGUGAUAUAUCAUCUUUACAUGACUUAAUGAGUACUAUUACAGAUAAAAAUUAUACGUUGUUGACUUUUUUAAGAAAAAUUCAUAAAGCAUUUGCUCGUUAUUUAUCAAAAAAAGAAAUGAAUGAAAAAGAUAAUGGACAUAUGGAAAUAUUUUUACAUUUGUUAUAUUAUACGAAUAAUUUAAUUGAUGAAUUUUUGUUGGAAGAAUUGAAAUAA